AUGACAGACCUUGUUGAAAAUCUCUUUCUGGAUGUUCUCUACCAAGAAUCUCUUGGCACGCGGAUGCUGACAACAAUUCUCUAUGAUAUUUCUAAUUUUGACCGUGCACGCCACGAUAAAACUAUGACAAUAGCUCACGAGGUGAUUGCAAUCCUGCUGCUGGCACUGUUCUCAGUUGCACUUGCCAAGGAGGAGAAGGAGGAGAAGAAGGACGAGAAGCCUCGUGACACUCGCGACGUGCGCGAUGUCUUUGUGAGCCCAUUCACCAGCAAUUACUACCAACCGUUCAACUACCGCCGCCCCCACGUCUACACUGCGCCCACUUUCGACUACCAGCCCACUGUGAAGUAUGCCUACAAGUCGGCCGAAGCCGCCGCGCCCAUCCUCAAGCAGAGCUCGCAAUCCCAUCUGGACGGCAGCUACAAUUACGAAUAUGAGACUGGAAACGGCAUCCGUGCCGUUGAGAGCAGCCUUCAGAAUGGACUGGAGCACGUCGUCCGUGGCUCCUACUCCUACGUGGCACCCGACGGCAAGACCUACACCGUGCACUACAUCGCCGACCGCAACGGCUACCGCGCCUACGGUGAUCAUCUGCCCCAGCAGCCCGACGAAGUGGCUCCUCUGGAAGCCGCCCGCGUCCUCACACCCGCUGCAUCCGUAGUCGUCCCAGUCGAGAGCAGCACAGUCCACCCUGUCGUCUCAGUCACACCAUCCGCCGUGGUGGCUCCCAAGUCAGUUGUGGUGCCCCCCAAGACCGGCUACUACGUCCAGCCUCGCUACUACAACCCCUACAACGCCUACAAUCCCUACUUCGCGCCCUCGUACCAGCACUACCUCAACCCCAACCCCUACCAGCCCUACUUCGUGUCCACGGUCGCCCCGCCCUUCCUCAAGAAGUGAGCCGGAGCCCUCUGAGGAGGCUGCCCAGGCGGUAGCCGGAAUAAACGGAUUUUACUGAGAGCACUUGCGGUGUUUCCACUUCCCCUCCA